AUGUGUGACCAGGAGGCAAAACUCUCAACAGGGAAUAAGAAGGAAGAAGGGUACAUUCAACUCAAAGUCAUUGGAAAGGACAGCAGUGAGAUUCACUUCAAAGUGAAAAUGACAACACAUCUCAAGAAACCCGAAGAAUCAUGCUGUCUAAGACGGGGAGUUCCAAUGAACUGGCUCAGGUUUUUCUUGGAGGGUCAGAGAAGUGCUGAUAGUCACACUCCAAGAGAGCUGGGAAUGGAGGAGGAAGAUGUGAGUGAAGUUUAUCAAGAACAACCAGGGGGUUAUUCAAUGGUUUAG